AUGCUUCAUUCCUCGGAAGCACAAUGCCGGGAUGAUGACUGGACUGGUCUUCGUGAUCGAGCGGAAAGACGCAAGAGACAAAAUCGCCUCAAUGUCAGAGCCUACAGAAAGCGAAAGGCUCUCGAAUUGCAUCAAAUUGGGCAGACGGAAACAUCAACGCCUGAUAUGUCAUAUGAGUCUUCUAACAAAGAAUCACGACCUAAUCUGAGCUCGGGAACAAGUCUAGAUUUUAUACAGUGGGCUCCACCGGGACAGCCUGCAGCUGAAGCACACCGCUGUUCAAAUCCUCGUUCUGAAAGAGAUGAGAGCCAAACUCGCAUACAGCGACCUGCACGCAACCACAAUAAUGGCAAAUCGCGCUUAGGAAGGCGUGUGCCGCCUUACUUCCAGAAUCCCACUACAUGGCUCCCUCUGUAUAAGGAUCACCUCAUCCCGCUGGUAUUUUACAAUGUCUUCAGGGCUACCAUUACCAACAUUCAUAUCCUAUCUCUCACGUCUCUGCUCACUAGCCCAUGCACACCGGACCUUCACACAACACCACUAUUUCCAACACCUUGUCAAGUGCCAGAGACUUUGAUGCCUACUCCCACGCAAAGCUCGACACCCCACGAAUGUUGGAUCGACAUUUUCCCAUCGGGUGGCAUGCGCGAUAACGCUAUCAAGUUCCGUGAUCAGUACAGCCAGCAUGAUCUUUGUGCUGACUUAGUGGGCUGUCAAGAAGGCGAUGCCUGUCUUAAUCAACCGGGAAUCAUUGCUUGGUCAGACCCUUGGCAUCCUGAUGGUUGGGAGGUCACAGAAAGGUUUGUCGAGAAAUGGGGCUUUUUACUCAAGGGUUGUGAGGAUGUCAUGAGAGCGACCAACAAAUGGCGCGCAAUGAGGGACGAGGAACCGCUUGUAUGGGAGCUGGAGUAA